AUGAUUUACAGCGAUAACAACAAUCCACGCGAGGACAGCGUAUUCCUCCGCGUGAAGCGGGCCGUACGUUGUGGAGGUCGCGGACCUGUUACGGGCCCCAUUCAAAUGGUGGAUUUUCUUCGCGACUUCCGCUGCUUGGAGGAGGAGCAGCGUGCCUCUGGUAGGAAAGGGGUGACUCACAAGCAGUUCGUAAAGCUCAUGGAACAAUACGGUACGAAACUGCGGGAAGGCGACGCUGCAUACCUUUGUAAGGCCUUCGAUGACGAUAAUGAUGGUUACAUCAAUCCGGAGCGUUUUGUCCGUCACUUUACUGGACUUAACCAGCGGCGUCAUAAUGCCGUUCUUCGUGCAUGGGCAUCACUUCCAAAAGACGCGAAGGGUCGCGUACGGCGGAAUCAUUUGAACGAGCGUUUCUCUGAGACCGUCACGCACGGAGACGUUUGGGGGACCUUUUCCUCUACCGUUCCACGGGAGGCGCAGGCCAACAAUGCCGAUGAUGAUAGUGAUGAUCCCACGCUGUGCUUUGAGGAGUUCCUCGCAUUCUACGCCGCUGUUAGUGUAGAAAUUCCUCUAGAUGAGAAGUUUGAACUCUUCUUGCUGAGGGAGUGGUGUGCCGAUUCUUCAAGGGCUCCCGUCAUGAACUCGACUUUGCGGGAAUGGGGGCAGGGCGGUGAUCCUCUGGCGAUUGGGAAACCGCUAUACGUACAGGAUGUUCUCGACCGCCCGCUAGGGCUCUCCACGAAGAGCUAUAAUUAUGAACACAUGAAACGUGUCCACCCUUACAUCCCCCCGUUGCCACCACUUCAGCUACCAUAUUUGAGCACGAUGCGGAAGGACUACCGUGAAUUUUCAACACAAGAGCGCGCCUUGUCGAAUACACUGCACGGGAGGUAA